UUUCGGUACAACAUAUUUGGUACAGAAAAGUCAAAGAGUCAGUCUUAGACAGUGAUUGAAUUUGCGACUACGAACUCUGGCUAAGGAAAAAGAUCCUCUUUCUAGAAGGUAAACACGCUGCACGGUAAUGACAUCGAGAGCCCUCAGAAACCAGUAGGCGGUCACCCACGUUUACGUGUCGUCAGUGCUUCUGCUCGUAGAGAUAAGCCGUUUCCACGAUCUAAUUUUCGUCAAGUGGGAGGAAACUAUUCUUGUUGUGGAACGAUUAAAAAUAAGAACAAACCGCCGGAGGUGCUGAUAAGCAUCACAUCCCUUUAUCUCUGGCGUGGAUGAAUAUCCCGACCAUCUUGCACAGCGCCUGGCGGCAUUCGACCAUCAUUCUCAAUUGUACAACAUCCCUUAAGGUCCGACCGGAUGCUAUGGCAUACCAACCAAUGUGCAAAAGCUAUGUAAAGCUGAACGAUCUUCUUCCUGCGGAUUUUUUUGUGAUACGACCUGCAGUUUCUGCAGAGGUACCAGUUCCACACAUACGUAAAUCGUGGGAAACAGUUUAUAUAUUGGAGAAGGGCAGUAUUAAUACCUCGAAAACUUCAUCGAUGAGGAAUAGGUUGGUUUUCAAUCGGGAGCCUGCUAUAUUGACCACACAACCAACCUUCGUCUCAUUUGCAAUGUGGGGAGUUAAGGUGACGUCCUGAACAUUUCGUUGGCUGGAUGACGCGGAGGAAUUUAAUG